GGCUCAGUGCAGCUCGGGCGCGUGUAGCUCAGUGCCGCCAUGGGAGAAGCAGAUCCACGGAAAGCUUUGAAGAAUGCCGACAACAAGUACAUCGCGGCCUUAUCGGACGUCCGCCUGGAAGGUUCAUCCGAAGCGGUCUACUUCGUGCUGCGCGGUCUGGGCAUGAAGGCGUCACAGGGGCCAAAUUGCCUGCCUCGGAUCGAAGUCAUGGCGUGUCAGCAUCCCAAGCUCUUUGCUGCUUUGCGACGCCUAAACCUGCGGCAUGUGAGAGACACCAUCAUCUUGGAACCGAGCGGCUCGGGUCCUGGCAAUCCUGCAAGUGCAGAUCGCUCGGUGGAGAGACAAGUCAGGACCGAUGUGAGCCCUCCCACGGACACCGCACACCCUGCUCCACUGCUGCGGGGUGCAUCCUCCUCCUCGCUGGCGGCGCAGCAGCGGGAGCGGGAGCAGCGGAAGAAGCGGAUACGGGAUCGGAAGGCGGCUGCGAUCGAACGUUUGGCCGCGCCCAAGUUCCUGAGUGCCAAGCUGCCGUUCCAGAUGGCUUGGAUCGAGGAGCAUCGACGAGAAGGUGAAGCGGUGCCGGUGAAGCCGCCAGAGCAGGUUGUUCCGCACACUGGAGCUGAAUCACAAGCUCGCCAGUUCAUUGAAACCCAAAGCACUAAAGCUGAAGAGCCGGAAGAGAAAACAUGGAGCAGACUGAAGCCUGUUCGCUCCGUCGAGGAACAAAAGGAGUACUUCAGCAAGUUGUCGGAGCCCCGCAGCAUCAGACCCAAGGUGCCACCCUUCGAGUUGGCCAAGCGCGUGCAGAGCUCCUUCGGCAGAGCUGCCGAACGGCAUUUGCUGGCACGGCUCGAGAAGAUCCACGAAAGCAAGGCACCCAAGGCAGAAGAGCAGGACAGAUCGAAGGUCAACGAAUCUUUGCGGGAGGCCCUGCGUGCACUCUGUGAGAGUGAUGAUGAUGACCUGAACGACGGGGUUUUUCCACCUGAUCCAAGCCCAGCACUCUCAGAAACCGAAGAUUCGGCUUAGAGGAGGUGUUGAAUAAUCGGCGACAGGCUGCACGGCUUGGAGAGAGAUUGGCUUAGCGAGACAGGUGAUUGUUGGCCAAAGAAAUGAUGGAAAGAUGAUUUGC